AUGGAACUUUGGAAUGGGCGUGCCCGACACUUGUUAUUGUUUUUAGUACGCAAUGAACGAUGUGGUCUUCAUGCAGAUUUCACUGAGCUGACAGCCUGCGUUGGUGGAGAACUUGACAGGCACGAAGGUUCUGCCGUCCACAGGCGUUAUUUCUAUAUAACGCUCCUACGGGAGCCAGUGUCCAGGUAUUUAUCGGAAUACCGGCACGUGAAGCGUGGAGCAACUUGGAAGGGCUCCCGCCACUGGUGCCAGGGAAGGACCGCUUCUGCAUCGGAAGUACCCUCAUGUUACAAUGGCGAUUCUUGGCGCGGUGUAACAUUGGAAGAAUUUACUGCCUGCUCGUGGAACUUGGCCAACAAUCGACAAACAAGAAUGUUGGCAGAUUUGGCCCUCGUCGGAUGUUACAAUGGCACCCUGCGACAUAGAACAGCUGAUACGGAUAGGGUCCUCCUGGCGUCCGCAAAACGAAAUUUGGCUGCGAUGGCCUAUUUCGGCCUGACUGAGUUCCAGAAGAUAUCACAAUACGUAUUCGAAGAGACGUUCAAUCUACGUUUUGCUGUUCCCUUCACGCAACACAACGCUACUGUUUCCGGCGCAACCCUCGCCGCGCUGUCGCCUGCGCAGGUCGCGCAGAUCAAACAGCUAAACUCGCUGGAUCUUGAGCUGUAUGACUUCGCUAAGGGGCUCAUGUUCAAAAGAUUCGAAGCGUUGCGAAAACGGGACAGCGAUUUCGAGUUCCGCUGGCGACAUCUUGGCGAAGUGGCGCCGCGUAGUGGAGUCACUGAAUUUGAUUGGGACAGCAAUCUAGAAGAUGGUACAACCGAAAAAUACAAAGGCAAGUAA